AUGUCCGGCGCCCCUGCACGUUUCUGGGGUCAACCCAUCCGGUAUCUUCGGUGGGCGGCGCACGAGAAGCCGGCAAUAUUCUGGAGCUGCGUUAUGGGUGGCCUGGGACCUGCGACAUUCGUCUUCAUCCCCCCCAUGAGGAGAUACUUUGGGGACCAGGAUCCACCGAGAAUUCCGCUAACUUAUCCCGGUACGUAUGCGAAUCCGAGAGACCUGUAUCCGCUGUUGGAUUACAUAUGUGAUAAGAUCCUUAAGGGAGACUACGCCGGCUUUGGUCGAUGUACCAGGAAGACGGGGAAACAAACAUUGAACAUGGGGAUAUCGGGUGGCUUGGGAACGCCGGGUUUGGAAAUAUCAGAUGCUCUACACGCCUUCUCUCUGCGAUAA